AUGGCAUCACCCUUCCGCAUCGUCGAGCAUGUGGUGCCCUGCCAACACAUCCGCGAGUAUCCUGCCGCUACCGCGGGCGUGGACGACACGCUACACCUGGCCGUGAAGCAGUACAUCCCGCUCGACAACCCCAAUCCGCAACCCGGCGACGUAACGAUUCUCGCGGCGCAUGCGAAUGGAUUCCCCAAGGAACUCUACGAGCCCCUGUGGGAGGAAAUCCACGCUCGGUCCAAGGCCAGCGGCUUUCGCAUCCGUAGUAUCUGGAUGACCGAUGUUGCGCAGGAGGGCCAGAGCAGUGUGCUUAAUGAAGAUGUGCUGGGCAAUGACCCCAGCUGGUUCGACCAUCCGCGAGAUCUCCUGCACUUGGUCAACGUCAAGCGUGCGGAAAUGCCCCGGCCCAUCGUCGGCAUUGGGCAUAGCAUGGGCGGCGCACAUCUUGCACAAUUAUGCUUAAUGCACCCGCGCCUGAUCCACACACUGGUCCUUCUGGACCCGGUAAUCCAGCGCCAGACAACCCAGCUCGACGGACUCAGUCUGCACAACGAGAACAAGCGUGUCAUCGCCAAAACCACCCAGCUGUCCACCUACCGGCGCGACAUAUGGCCGUCGCGCCAGGCCGCCGCAGACGGAUUCAAGCGCAGCCCAUUCUACCAGGCCUGGGACCCGCGCGUGCUGGCUCGCUGGGUCGAGCACGGGCUCCGCGAUCUGCCAACGGCCAUCCACCCGCUCAACGACAAGACUGUGACCGAUAAGGGCUCGACGCCCGUGACGCUGCGCACACCUCUCCACCAGGAAGUCUUCACCUUCUCACGACCAAACUAUCACAAUGACCCGAGUGACAACAAGCCCAUCAACCGAGUCACACACCCAGACCUGGACCCCACGCAUCUAGGCUCAUUCCCGUUCUACCGACCCGAGCCAUGGCGGAUCUUCGCCCAGCUCCCGCACCUGCGCCCCAGCGUGCUCUACAUCUUCGCCGGCAAGUCAGACAUGUGUCUGCCCGCGAUGCGUGCCGACAAGCUGUCCAACACGGGCACCGGCGUCGGCGGGAGCGGCGGCGUAGCUGCGGGCCGCGUGCGCGAGGUGUUUCUGGAGGACUUUGGACAUUUGCUCGCGCAGGAGGCUGUGAAUGAGUGUGCCGAUGCGGCGGCUUCGUGGCUUGCGCCUGAGCUAAGGCGCUGGAGGGAUGAGGAGGAGAGUUUCCGCGCGGAGUGGGGGAAGAAGUCGCGUGUUGAGAAGAUGACCAUUGAUGCGGAGUGGUUGAAGAAUGUCCCUGCGCCGCCGCGGAGGCCUAAUAAAAAGAAGGCUGAGCUGGGCGGAACGUCGAAGCUGUGA